AUGGUUAGGACAAGAGAAAAUAUAUCUAGACGUGGUUCACAUGAUGCACGCCAGAGUUCUGCACAUGACAAGGAGCAGAGGAUUGGCCACGAUGGUGCAGGAUUUCCAGAUGGUCCCUUUGAUACAUCUUUAUUGACUCAGUAUCAGGAUCAUGUUGCACGUAUCAUAUGGAAGGGUCAGGAUCGAGUUGUGAAACUAGUCUUCCAUAUUAAAAAAGUGAAAAAUUCAGGACGUCCUCACCCUUCUGUUCUACCUUUUGUGGUAUCUUCUGGAUUAUCGCCUCUGUGCAAUAUUUUAUACGAAUAUCCCAAUACUGGAUUAAUAUUGGGUUUCGUGGAAAGAUGGCAUCCCGAGACUAAUACUUUUCAUCUACCAAUUGGUGAGAUGACCAUCUCUUUAUAUGACGUUUGGUCACUCCUUCAUCUUCCCAUCAUUGGAGAGUUUUGCUCCACUGAAAAUCUUGAAUAUGAAGAUUCACUCGAGAUUAUGAUGACACUUCUCGGUGUUGAUCGGGCUAUGACUUCCAAUGAGUUGAAUCAAAGUCGGGGUGGACAAGUCAGACUUAGUUGGUUGAGAAACUUGUAUAGAAGCUGUUGUGAUAACGAGCUAUGGGAGUUUGUUGCACGUGCAUAUCUUUUGCACCUUGUAGGGUCCACGAUAUUUGCUAAUAAAAGUGCCACCUAUGUUCGUACCCAUUACCUCGAGCUUUUUAGAGAUCUCCCUACAUGUCGUAGAUAUGCUUGGGGAGUUGCUGCUCUUGUUUACUUAUAUGAGCAACUAGGAGAUGCUAGCUUUGCAAAUACAAAGCAAUUACCUGGAUAUCUACCUCUUCUACAGCACUUCCUUGCAUUGGGAAGGAAGCAAUUACGUGAUACAUAUGUGGAGAUCGAACCCCAUGCUAGACGUUAUGUCACUGGACGCGCUACUUCCGCUAUAGCUGAUGUUAGAGUCCAGUUGGAUGCCUUGACAUAUGAUGGGGUCAUUUGA